AGUUGACAGCUCGAUGGUGAACGCGGUUAUAACCUUGAACACUGAUUAUUUUCUUUCAUGUAUUUGUUGAUGGGUUUUCAACUCUACAGCAAGAAUGUUACAGAUGAAAAGCCGUUUGAAAUAUUGCUCUGUCUCACUCGCUGCGAGCAGGCUGCUUUCAGGACCAGGAAAGAACCCUGUUGUGUUUAUGGAUAUUGCAGCUGACGGCGAGUUCAUUGGAAGAAUUAUUAUUGAGCUUUUCGCUGAUGUUGUACCCAAAACUGUUGCAAACUUUCGCGCCCUGUGUACAGGAGAGCAUGGUUUUGGAUAUAAAGGUUCAGUGUUUCACAGAAUCAUCCCAGAGUUCAUGUGUCAGGGUGGAGAUUUCACUAAUCACAAUGGCACUGGUGGAAAGUCUAUAUAUGGAAAGAAAUUUAACGAUGAGAAUUUCAAGCUGAAACACACUGGAGCAGGUAUUUUGUCAAUGGCAAACUCUGGACCAAACACAAAUGGUUCUCAGUUUUUCAUCUGCACUGCAAAAACAGAAUGGCUAGAUGGGAAACAUGUUGUGUUUGGACAGGUCAAAGAGGGAAUGGAGACGGUCUCUCUGAUGGAGUCCUAUGGCCUGCAUGAUGGAGGAACUGUGAAGAAGGUUGCCAUCACAGACUGUGGAGAACUCCAGUAACCCAGGACAUUUUUGAUUUUAAUCGAACCAAAAGUCUUUACGCAUGUAUUUUUUCUACAGUACUUACCUAUCGCCAUUUAAAUGUGUGAGUCUGUGGAUUCGUUAACAUGUUUUAUGCUUGCUAAGUAAGCAAAAGACUCAGUGCGUAUGGUUAUAACUUACUCCUACACAAGAAGCCUUGCUUAUGGGUCAAACACCUUGGGCAUUGAGGAAAUGUACUCUGUUAAAGCCAUUUUUUGGUUUUGAAAUGAGGAUAAAUGCUAUAUGGAGAUUGUUUACCUUCUAAGAACGAUGCCAGAGAAACCCCAGGAGGCAUUUUAAAUAAAUAAAUUACACACAGAA